AUGCUGUCUGUGGCUCUUCUGCUGCUGCUGGCAGCUGGAUCCUGUGUGAAGAGUGACACACUGACACAGGUGGCCUCGGUGACUGUGCAGCCAGGGCACACUCUCUCCCUCCCCUGUAACGUCUCCUACUCUUUAAGCUACGCCACCGCAUGGAUCAGACAGCAGGCAGGGAAAGGCCUGGAGUGGAUUGGAACCAAAGACACUGACGGGUCCAUCUAUAAAAAAAGUCUGGAGGACAAAUUCAGUAUUGAUUUAGACACCUCCAUGGCCUAUGAGGAGCUGCUGGAGGAUCACAAAGAAGUAGCCCAGUCUUUCGACCCGUCUCACCAGAUCCUGGGAGAGAACAUUGCUUUGGCCAUCAUCCUCCCCAUCAUCCUGGUCAUCCUGCUGAUCGGAGGCAUUUACAUGUACUACACAAACAUCUGCAGAUUAGAAUGGAAGCCGCUGUUUUGGAAGUCUCUGUCCCACACACACUCCUACAGCCCCAUCACGGUGGAGUCAGACUUCAAUAACCCUCUGUACGAAGCAGGGGACACACGAGAAUACGAAUGCAGAGCUUUCUGUAAACACCGUGACUGUGGUGACCAUCAUACAUUUGAGUGUUUUGUCCGAUUGUUGCUGAUCCUUGGAUGUUAA